UUAGCAGUGUAGUACGUAGGUAAAAAGAAGUCCAAAUUUGAAAUUUCUCAAGGUUUCUCGUUGCCCAAACAGACUUUUUAUUUAUUAUUAUAUUAGCAGCUGAGAAGAAGAAGAAGAACCAAAAAAACUGUAGCAGGGACGACACAAAGAGCCAUCUUUAAGGGUUUGGAAUCUAUGCGAAGUGUUUAGGUUUGGUGAGAUUCUGGUCGGUUCUUCGGAUAGAAUUGAAUUUUGGGGAUUGUAUAUGUUGGUUGAGGAGAUUUUCCAUAUGUCUAAUUCAAUUGAUUUUCUGGAAUUAGAAGGAAAAAUGAAGCAAUCCAAGGAUCCAUUUGAAGUGGCAUUUGAGGAAUCAUCACCACCUGAUUCACCUGUUGAGGAGCUUGUUGGUGGACAAAUCGAAGAUGAAGAUGAUGCCAAUGUCAAUGUUCAUCCCACAUCAACACCCUCUGCUGCUCCAUCUAGUGGAACCACAGUACCACCCACUGCAAAGUCCAAAGAUGAAGAUGAGGAAGAAGAGGAGGAGAACAUGGAUGUGGAGCUUGGAAAGCUCCCAACAUCUGGUGAUCCUCAUAAAAUGGCCAAGAUGCAGGCUAUCUUAUCACAGUUCACUGAGGAACAGAUGAGCAGGUAUGAAUCCUUUAGAAGAUCUGGAUUUCAAAAAGCAAACAUGAAAAAGUUGCUUGUGAGCAUUACUGGAAGCCAAAAAAUUUCAGCACCAAUGACAAUUGUAGCAUCAGGAAUAGCAAAAAUGUUUGUUGGUGAGCUUGUUGAAACAGCUAGAAUGGUUAUGACUGAGAGAAAGGAAACAGGACCGAUUAGGCCUUGCCACAUUAGAGAAGCAUAUAGAAGAUUAAAGCUUGAAGGCAAGGUACCAAGGAGAUCAGUGUCGCGCCUUUUCCGAUAGAUGGACCCUGAUGCCAAUUUAUGAUUGAUUGCCCAAGUUUUCAGUGCUACCCUGUUCACUGCAUUUGAUUCAUAUCUACACCCAUAAUUUUAUGUUACUCUUAUCCCACAUAUAUUGUAGGCAUGUUAAAAACCUGGAUCCUACCUGAUAAGCUGGAUUCCUAACCUCCAUCCCUCCAAAUGUACAGCUUCUAAGCAGGAUUUGUGGGCAUUGUCCCCUGAAUUUUCCAAAAUGGUAAGGCAGCUUAAUAUUUUUGGAUCACCAGGCCAA